AAACAAUGAACUACUUUGGCGCUUUGGUUAUACGUUUUUUGGUGUACUACAAUGAAAGAGAUCCAAUUCUCGCUUAUAAUGAAAACAAAUAUAUAUAGGAAAGUCGAAUGAAAUAAAGUGGGCUGUUUCAAACCAAAUCAUUUUUUUUUAGAAAAAAUUUUACAAAAUGCAGCUUAUAUUAAAUAUUAUAAGAACUUUGCAAUUUGCGUGUGGUUUAGUAUGUUUAGUUAUAGACACAAUAUAUUUAGUAGAAGCAUUAAAUAGAAUAUCACAUAUAGAAAUGGAUUCUUCUCCAGUUCUUAUAUUUUAUGUUUGUGCAGAUGUUUAUUGUAUGUCAAUAAAUGGACAUUAUAUUAUCACUAUUGAAUAUAAUUGGAAUAGAGCGUCUAGAAAACUGGGAUAUAUUAUUUAUUGCUUCUGAAAUUAUUAAUGUCCCU